AUGGAGGCCCCCGUCCCACUUCCCGUCAAUGUCGACACGACGGGGGCAAAGAUCAUGGAGGACGGUUCAUCGCACCCAGACCAGCGAGACUCGAGAGACAUCUACCUGCCCAACCACAUUGAGACUCUGUCGCACAUUGCAGUCGAUGUUGGCGGGUCUCUGGCCAAAGUCGUGUAUUUCACACGAUCCCGCUCGUCAUCAGAUCCUCCAUCGCAAUCGCAAGCCUCGACUUCUCGUGCGCCGCCGCCGCCUCGUGCCGUCUCUCCCCUCGCUGCUACACCUUCGCGGGGCCACUCGCGCCAGUCGUCUGCCAAUGGCGUGGUAGGCCACCCGAGGACACCUAGUGCCGGCGGCAGCAGCGAUCAAGGUGUCGCCUCUCACCCAACACCAAGCGGCACCCUCACCCCAACUGCCAUCUUCAGCGACGCAAAGCACCACCACUCGCCUCACAUCGGCUCAGCAGUCAGCAGCGCCAUGCGAUCGUCCUUCCUCAAGAGGCGGUCACUGCCUGCGGCGUUGCCUGGUGGCAGGCUCAACUUUAUCAAAUUUGAGACGUCGGAUAUCGAGUCGUGCAUUUCAUUCUUGCAAGAGUUGAUUGAGAAUUCGGCAAGGGCGAAUCGGGUGACGAUUGAGGAGAUGAGGCGGGGAGUCAAGCUGAUGGCUACGGGGGGUGGGGCGCAUAUGUUUUACGAGCGGUUCGAGGAGGCGUUGGGGGUUGAGGUGCAGCGAGAGGACGAGAUGGGCUGCUUGAUCACGGGCCUCAACUUUAUCACACUCAUCCCAGACGAGGUCUUCUGGUACAGCGACGAGCUCGUCAGCGCUCUCCACUCGCCGCUGCCGUCGAGUAGUGACGUGCGAGGCGACCCGUCUUCCUCCCCUUCCUCGUCCAGCCCUUCUUCUGGCUCCCCACCGCAAGAUCCCAACUCCUCUCUCCCCCGCCCUUCCCCCAACCCACCCCUCUACGCCCCCAUGUUCGACAGCAACCCACUUCCCAAGCUCCCCUGCCUCCUCGUCAACAUCGGCUCCGGCGUCAGCAUCAUCAAGGUCGACGACUUUGGCAAAUUUGAGCGCGUGAGCGGGACCAGCCUGGGCGGCGGCACGCUGUGGGGUCUGCUCAGCCUCCUCACAGACGCCGAAUCGUUCGACGAGAUGCUCGAGCUGUCCGAGCGGGGCGACAAUGGUGCGGUGGACCUCCUCGUCUCGGAUGUCUAUGGCAACUCGAAUGCGCUCAACGCCUUUGGCCUCAAGUCGACGACGAUUGCCUCGUCCUUUGGCAAGGUUUUCCGCAAGGAGGAGAGCAAGAGCAAGACAGGAGGGAGAAAGAAGCGAUUCAAGGCCGAAGAUAUAUGCAAGAGUUUGCUUUACGCGGUGUCGAAUAAUAUUGGGCAGAUUGCGCAUAUGACUGCGGAGAAGUACGACUUGGAUAGGAUCUAUUUUGGAGGGUGCUUCAUCAGAGGGCAUCAGGCGACGAUCUCGACGCUCAGCUAUGCGAUCAGGUUCUGGAGCAAGGGAACGAAGAGAGCCUUCUUUCUACGCCACGAAGGCUACCUCGGCGCCAUUGGCGCAUGGAUCAAGCACCUCGACGAUGCGCCCGUAUCUGCA